AUGUUCAUUCCCCUCCUUUCCCCCCCUGAUUCCCCUCCUUUCCCCCCCUGCUUCCCCUCCCCCUCCUUGCUUUCCCCUCCUUUUCCCCCCUUAUUCCCUUCCUUUCCUCCCUUCUUUUGCUUCCUUUCCCCCUUUGCUUCCCCUUCUUUCCCACCCUGCUUCCCCUGCUUUCUCCCCCUGGCUCCCCUCUUUCUUCCCUCUCCUUUCCUUCAUUUUCCUUUGUUGUUUGUUCCUGUUCCUCUCUUCCCUUCCCUCUCCUCCCUCGUCCAAUCUCCUCCCCUCCCUCUCCCAUCUUCCCUAACCCCCCGAAUCCUUCUCUCCCCUUUUCUCCUCCACCCCCUCUUCCUAUCUCCUCCUCCUCUUCCCCCUCUCCUAUCCCCUCGUUUACCCCCCUGCUUGCCCCUUGAUUCUCCCAUGCUAGCCCCUGUUCCCUCUCUGCUAGCCCCUUGUUUCCCCCUGCUAGCCCCCUCUUCCUUCCCUUCUAGCCCCUUGUUCCCGCCCUCGUCCAAUCUCCUCACUUGCUCCCUUCCUCUCUUGCGCACUUCCCCCCUUCCUCUCUGUCCCCCCUUUCCUCCUUUUCUUCCCCUAAUUUUCGCCCCUGCUUCCCCCUCAUUUCCUCUUGUGCUUCCCCUCAUCCCCCCCCCCCCGCUUCCCCUCAUUCUCCCCCCUGCUGUCCAUUAUGGUCCCCCCUUGCGGGGGUUGUAA